AUAACGGCGUCAUUUGCUCACUACCAAAUAUAUAUUGAAGCCAUAGCUCAGAAAGUUAUAUCGGCGAACUAACAUGGUCGGAAAAUUGAUGAAGGCUGUUUGGUACAAUUCUUAUGGCGGAGGUUCUGCUGCUUUGAAGCAUGUUGAGAUCCCCGUUCCUUCUCCCGACAUUGAUGAGAUUCUGGUGAAAAUAGAGGCAGCAAGCAUAAACCCAAUCGAUUGGAAAAUUCAGAAAGGCAUGGUUCGCCCUCUUUUGCCCAAAAAGUUUCCGUUUAUACCAGUAUGGGAUAUAGCUGGAGAGAUUGUAAAAGUUGGACUUGGAGUCAAGAAUUUUAAACCUGGUGACAAAAUCGUUUCCACCCUUGGGGUUACGGGUGGAGGGUUGGCUGAGUACGCGGUGGCUAAGGAGAGCUCAACGGUUUUUAGACCACCAGAAGUUUCGGCUGCAGAUGGUGCUAGUCUAGUCUUCGCAGGGUGCACCGCUCUUCGUGCCCUAACUGUAACCGCCGGACUAAACCUUGUAAAGACCCAACCGCGCUCAAACAUUCUUGUAACCGCCGCUUCUGGCGGCGUGGGCCACUACGCGGUCCAAUUGGCAAAACUAGGGAACAUACACGUGACCGCAACAUGUGGGGCUCGUAACAUCAAAUUAGUGAAAAACCUAGGAGCCGAUGAGGUGCUAGAUUACAAGACCGUGGAAGGUUCCGCCCUUAAAAGCCCAUCGGGCAAGAAAUACGAUGUAGUGAUCCAUUGUACAAAUGGGAUCCCGUGGUCGACCUUUGAGCCUAAUUUGAGCAAAAAUGGGAAAGUGGUUGAUUUAACACCUGGUGUUCGUGCUUUUUGGACUUAUGUUGUGAAUAAAAUUAUGUGUUCAAAGAAGCAACUAUACCCGUUGAUUAUGACUCCAAAAGCUGAGGAGAUUGAGUGUCUUGUGAAGUUGGUAAAAGAAGGGAAACUGAAAUCUGUUAUUGAUUCGAGAUAUCCUUUAAGUAGGGCUCAAGAGGCUUGGAUUAAGAGUAUUGAAGGGCAUGCGACUGGGAAGGUGGUUGUGGAGCCAUAACGUAAAUGUAUAGUUAUGUAUCUAUAUAUAUAUCACUUAAGAACUUAUUUUGUAAGCUAUAAAAAGAUCUAUG